AUGAAUCAAUACAACAUUUGGAAUAAUCAACAAUCUCAACCUUCAAAUCAUUAUGGUUGGUAUGAUUCUCAACCCCCACAACAACAACAGCAAGGUGGUCAACAACAACAACAAGGUGGUGGUGGUGGUCAAGGUGUUGGUAGUGAUCAACUAUCACCAGAUUUAUUAAUUAACAAGCUAAACAACUUAUCUUCUUCAUCAAAUUAUAACCAUUUCUUACAAUCUUUAGAUCCAAACCAAGGUUCAAAUGGUUCACCAAAUAAUUCAAAUUAUCAUUAUCAAUCUCAAAAUUCUUUAAAUUUUAUAGAUCAUCAACCUUCUUAUAAUAACAUUAAUAACAAUACUUUCCAAUUACCAUUAGAAUUACAAGGUGGUAUAUCAAAUAUUAAUUCAAGAAGACCUUCAUUCACUGCAGAACAAUCUUAUACCCAAACUCAACAAUCAAUCCCAAAAAAUAAUUUGAAUCUUUUAGCUCAUUCAAAUAAUUUUAAUAAUUUUUAUAAUAAUACUUCGGGUCAAAAUAAUCAAUUAUUACAAAAUUUUAGAUCAAGAAGACCUUCUAUCCAAAUUAAUGGUUCUGGAAAUAUUCCUGCUACUGCUCCUUCACCAUCAAUGAAUCUUCCUAGUGUUACUGGUGCUGGUAAUGAUGGAUUAGAAUUAGAUAAUGGAUUAAUAUUAAAUGGGAAUUUCAUUAUAACUUCAAAUCAAUUAAGAUUAGAAUUCCAAAAAACUCAAAAUUAUUUUUGUCUUGAAUCUGCUGAUCAUUUUUAUAAAAAUUUAAUUAAUCAAAUUGAAACAAAUGAAUAUUUGAAAAAAAUCAUUAUUAAUCUCAAAAAGCUAAACAAUUUAUUUAAUCUAAUUAAACCAUUAGUCCUUGUUUUAACAAAAUCUGGAAAAUUUGAAAUCUUAUCAACACCAAUAAACUCAAACAUUUAUUUAAAUAAACAUGAUGUUGUCAUUGUUGAUGGUGAUCGUGGUAAAGAUCUAGUUUUAAUCUUAGAUCCUUCCAUUUCAUUAGAUGUUGCUAUCCUAAUCAAUUAUUUGAAAAAAAGACAACAUUUAAAAUCAAUGAGUUAUGGUGGAACAAAUGGAACUAGUACUAAUGGUUCAACUACAACAAUUUCAAAUACAAAAGAAGAUUUAAUUAAAGGUCAGGGGAUCCUUGAUGAAGAAACUCAAUUUCAAAUCCCAUCAAAACAAGUCUUGAGAUUCGCCACAGGACAAGAAAUUAAUAAUUUAAAAUUUAAAUUAAUUGAAGAGAUUAAAUCUUACAAGACUUCAAUUCUUAAAAUUUCAAAUUUAUUAAAUUUAAAUAAUAACUUAACUAUAUUAAAUUCAGAAUAUCAAUUUGAUCAAAAAAAAUUAACAUUCUAUUAUUUUGCAAAUCAAAGAUUAGAUUUCCGGAACUUAAUUAAAGAAUUAUUCAAGAUUUAUAAGACAAGAAUUUGGUUAUGUGCUGUUCCAAAGCCACCUUUUUAUGAUCCACAAACAAUAAAUUCAACAAAUGGAUUAAAUAUGGAUUUGAAUGAGAUCAAUUUCCAGGAUUUUAAGAUUGAUGAUUUUCAUGUUAGAAAUUUUAAUAUUACAUUAAAUGAAUUGAUGGAGAAUUGA